CGCGGCGGAGCGGGCGGCGUGGAGCACGGACGAAGUUUUCUCCAACGAGCCGAGUUCACGGUUCAGCCAGAGGGGGUGUGGGAACGGCCUCCCGGCCGCGGCCCUGCUGCCCGGGUCUCCCCUCCCCGCGGGGACAGGCCCGGGUCGCGGCUACAGGGCAUCCCACUCGGAGACUAUGUCUGGGGAGCGGUGGCUGCCCCCUUGUCCCUGGGAACAGACUGUUGAGUAGAAAAGACAGAAAGAGAAGAAAGAAGACCAGACCGAAGCUCUGAAGGCCCGGGAGACAGGCGGGUGUCUGAGUGUCACUGAACCCCGAAGGCGUCACCAUGCCAUCCUGAAGUUCUCCAGCAGAAAAUGGCUCCCGAGGGUACAUGACGCUGGAAAGAUACACCGAUGCAGUGUUGCAUGCUGCCUGUCCGAUGUUCGAGGAUAGCGUUCCAGAGAGAGAGUGAGCCCCUCGGAUUCGAUUUUUCGUCAUAAUGAAGAAAAUUAGUCUUAAAACCUUCCGGAAAUCUUUCAACUUGAAUAAAAGUAAAGAAGACACAGAUUUCAUGGUCGUACAACAACCAUCCCUCACCAGUGAUUUUGGAAAAGAAGAUUCCUUGUUUGGUAGCUGCUACGGGAAGGACAUGGCCAGCUGCGACCUCCACGCUGAGGACGACAAGGGGGGCAAGAACAGAUCCAAAAGCGAGAGCCUGAUGGGGACGUUGAAAAGGCGGCUGUCCGCCAAGCAGAAGCAGAAGGGCAAGGGCGGCGCGUCUGCCGGCAGCUCUGCCGACGACGACACCUUCUCCUCCUCCUCAGCGCCCAUGGUCUUCAAAGACGUGAGAGCCCAGCGGCCGAUCCGGUCCACGUCCCUCCGCAGCCAUCACUACAGCCCGACGCCGUGGCCCCUGAGACCCACCACCUCGGAGGAGACGUGCAUCAAAAUGGAGGUGAGGGUCAAGGCCUUGGUCCACUCUUCCAGCCCGAGCCCAGCGCUGAACGGCGUCCGCAAGGAUUUUCGCGACCUGCCGUCGGACCCCGUGUGCCAAGAGCCGCGGGAUCCCCUGAAGAGUUCGGAGUCUCCCAACGGGGACCUGCACCUUCACCUUGAUGAGCAUGUGCCUGUCGUUAUCGGACUUAUGCCUCAGGACUACAUUCAGUAUACUGUGCCUUUAGAGGAGGGGAUGUACCCCUUGGAGGGGCCGCGCAGCUAUUGUCUGGACGGGUCGUCUCCCAUGGAGGUCUCUGCGGUCCCUGCCCCGGGGGGCGGGGGCUCCUUCCCCGAGGACGAGCACCAGGGGGACCAGGAGCUCGUGGUGGCCCCUGAGAUCUUUGUGGACCCGUCGGGGAACGGCUUGCUGAUCGGCACCACGGGCGUGAUGCUGCAGAGCCCCAGAGCGAGUCAUGACGAUGUCCCCCCACUCUCUCCGUUGCUACCUCCUAUGCAGACGAAUCCAAUCCAAAGGAACUUCAGUGGGCUCACAGGCACGGAGGCCCACGUGGCGGAAAGUGUGCGCUGUCAUUUGAAUUUUGAUCCCAACUCCGCCCCUGGGGUGGCCAGAGUUUACGACUCAGUGCAGAGCAGCGGGCCCAUGGUCGUGACAAGCCUUACCGAGGAGCUGAAAAAACUUGCCAAACAAGGAUGGUACUGGGGACCGAUCACACGCUGGGAGGCAGAAGGGAAGCUGGCCAACGUGCCCGACGGUUCCUUUCUCGUUCGGGAUAGUUCUGAUGACCGCUACCUUCUAAGCUUGAGCUUUCGCUCCCACGGCAAAACCCUUCACACUAGAAUCGAACACUCCAACGGCAGGUUUAGCUUCUACGAGCAGCCAGAUGUGGAAGGACACACGUCUAUCGUGGACCUAAUCGAGCAUUCAAUCAGGGACUCGGAAAACGGAGCUUUUUGUUAUUCGAGGUCUCGGCUGCCUGGGUCCGCAACUUACCCCGUCAGACUGACCAAUCCGGUGUCACGGUUCAUGCAGGUGCGCUCUCUGCAGUACCUGUGUCGCUUCGUCAUACGUCAGUACACCAGGAUAGACCUGAUUCAGAAACUGCCUUUGCCAAACAAAAUGAAGGACUAUUUGCAGGAGAAGCACUACUGAAGCGAGGGGAGCCCUGCGUCCUGCACUUUGGGAGGAAGAAAAAGAGAUUGAAAUACAGUUUACAGACGUUCAUUGCUAUCAGAAUCUUUGCUGCCAUUACUUAUUUCAGUUUUAUGUGUAAAAGAGUAAUCAAUUUGUUUUCCGGUGGGGAAGUGUUGGCCAGGUGUCUUGGGUUUAUUUUGUUUUUUUUACAAAGGGAGGUCUUGAAGGUUGAGAAGUAUGAAUUCUCUUUCACCGAUGUGCAGAAUAAUCACAAUGUGAAUGAUUAGAUUCUCCUUAGCCCCACCCCCCUCCUUUGCUGCUAUCCACUGUGAUCUUUAUGCAUUAAAAGCACACUUCAUGUGUCUUCAGCCCUAAGUAAAGUUGAAUGAAACCUGUAGAAUGAAAAUUGUUACGUCUCUUUAAAUGGCCCAUUUCAAAGAGAGUGUUGAGUAAACAUACCCACGUGAUAAAACACAGAAUUUACACAUACACUGAAAAUGAUUUUUUAAUCUCAUACUUGAGAAAGAUCUAUUUAGAAUUAUGAAUUGAUGUAAUCUUGGGUACGGGAACACGGACCUGCAACAUAUCUUUAUGACACUCAUUUCUAAAUUAUUUUUAAAGUUGUGCUGGGUUCUCUCUCUCUUUUUUUUUUUAACUUUGGUUGUGAAAAUUUGGACUUUUCUGUUGCCUUCAUUUUCAUCUUGUGAUUUGUCUCUUUUAAUAAAUGGCCUUACAUUAAAAAAUUGUAAAGUAAUAUGUACCACCAGUUUAGAAAUUGUUGCCUUUUCCGUCCUUAAGCUCUGGUACAAAUUGUCAUAACAUAUAAAGACCUAUGAAACUAGAAAUAUUAAAGAAACAAUAGAUGGUCAUAGCUUCUUGUGAUAGCUACUUUUUGUGUUCUCUCUGUUUUCCUUUGCUAAAAUGUUUUGUCUGUGAUUUCUUUAGCUUAGCCAACAUUUUCUUGGGUGAACUUGAUGUAGAACUGAUUUCUGUAAGUGGACUGGAUUCUGUUGGAACAUUCAAGUUUUAUAUUAAGUUUUAAAUUGAUUUGAAUAGAAAGAAAAUGUUGUUUUAACGUGGGAUUUAUAUUUUCCUUUUACAUCAUCACUAUUAAGAGAUGUUAGAUUUGACCCUUCAUCCCACCGAGAAAACCAACAGCAAGCCCAGUGACUUAGUUGAAAAAUUGUGGAAAUCAUGGAACACCACGUCAGGAAAAUGUGGAAACCAUCUCAGAUAUAUGGCGGUCUUGUUGCCCACCGUAGAUAGUGCCAUUUUAAAACACGUUUCCUAUCUGUUUCUUUUUAAGUCUUAGGGAAAUUGGCAUCAGUGGUUAUUUUAUCUCUUUGACUCAGUCUUUUUGGUGGGGGGGAGGGAGUGUGAUAUCCCUAAUACUUUUCAGCUAUUUUGAAAUGUAGUGUUUACUCACUGUAUGAAUCUCCGGUGUUGUAUUUGGGGAGAGCCCCAUCCAGAAAAUGUUUCCACCUCAGAUGAAACAGGUAAUUUAAGACAUUUCUUCCUUGGUCGCUCAGUUUUCCUAGCUCUUACCCCCAUUUACGAACAACAGUAAAGAUUUUAGGUCAGACAUAAUGGCUUUGUCAUCCAGACAGAUCAGUAUCCCCAUUUUUUCCUCU